AUGGUUCUCACUACUGUUGUGGGUGGGAUCGGUACAACCUUUGAACGAUUGCAUAAAAUUGAGCGACAGAAGCUCGCAGUGCUUCGUGACCCUCUAGUUCUUGUCACCGGAAGCAUGGCGGGUUUGGCAGGACGGGCAGUGGCCCUUCCUUUUGAUGAAGGAGGGAAUAAAGGACCAAAAAGGGCACUGCAGCGGCGUGCCCCACAGUUUGGAAUUCUCAUGUGGUUUUAUGUCCCCGUUUCUGCUCGGCUCCUUCCCGGUACCGAAGUUAACCCACCGUAUAAAGCCUUUACGACUUUCAUGAUUGGUGCUGUUGCUGGUUUCGUCAUGAGGCUCAUAUGUAACCCUAUAAAUCGUGUAUCGGACGAGUGCCUACGCACUGGUGACAGUUUUAGGAAAACAUGUCAGAUAUUUCGAAGCAAAACCAUAUUGCAAUUCUUCUAUACCACGCCUCCACUUAUGGUAAAUGCUGUUUACUUCGGCACUCUGCUGACUGUCUUUGAGGGAUUACGACGUUUCUGCGAGCGCAACCGCAUUUUACCUCUACGUGUGGAGAGGGAUUCCAGUGGAAAAGAGAUUAUAAAUUUUGUAAAUCAUUUCACCGUUGGUGUUGGACACACUGUUGUUGGCGGAGUGGCUGCGGCUGUGGCUUCUACCGUCUGUUAUCCACUCUCUGCCCAUUUUUACCAACAGACUGUUAUUCAUGACUCUGCAAUCUGCAGGGGCCUUAUGCCAACUUUACGGAAGGAGGUGCCAAUGAUGGCAGUUAGCUUCGGGGUCUUUUCUCUUUUACAGUCCCUUUUAGCACGCCAUCAUGGUCCCCGCGCGGGCUUUGGAUAUUGA